AUGCUUCGGAGACAAGCAAGAGAAAGACGUGAAUACAUUCAUCGUAAAUCACUUGAACAGCAAGAACAACAAUUAUUCGAGCGUAAACAAAAAGUACGUCAAUUAUUAGCAGCCGGUAAACCGAUACCAAAAGAACUUUUACAAGGUCAUAAUGACUCUUCAACUUCGGCAGAUUUGCAAAAGCUAGCCAGAGAUGUACCUCUUGAUGAAGCACAAUCCGCUCCUUCCACUUCUUUGGAUGACGAAUAUAGCUUAGCAGGUCAAUACGAUCCAAAAGUCUUAAUCACAACUUCUCGUGACCCUUCUUCUCGUUUAUCACAAUUUGCAAAAGAAUUUCGAUUGGCAAUACCCAAUUCUACAAGAUUGAACAGAGGUGGUUAUACAAUGAAAGAAUUAUCUGCAGCUUGUCGCAGUAAUGCAAUGACUGAUUUGAUCGUUAUACAUGAACAUCGUGGUAUUCCAGACGCACUUGUCGUUUCUCAUUUUCCACAUGGACCAACUGUGAUGUUCACAUUACACAAUGUUACGCUACGUCAUGAAGUGGAAGCACAUGGAAGCAGCACGAUUAGCGAACAGUAUCCUCAUUUGAUCUUUGAUGGCUUUCAAUCAAAGUUGGGCAAUCGAAUUGGGGAUAUUUUAAAAUUUCUCUUUCCCGUACCAAAAGAAGAUGCAAAAAGGGUCAUGACUUUUGCCAAUCAAAGAGAUUUCAUCUCUUUUCGUCAUCACGUUUUCGUUAAAACAAGUCAUAGAGAAGUGCAAUUGGCCGAAGUAGGACCGCGAUUCGAAAUGAAACCUUAUGAGAUCCGACAGGGUACUGUGGAACAAACGGAAUCUGAUAUCGAAUGGCAACUUCGACCAUUUAUGAAUACUGCCAGAAAGCGUAAUCAAUUGUGA